UCCAGGGCACUUCCGGUGAAAUUUCAAAUUUUUAGUUUUUUCUUUCAAUAAAAUGCUGAUAUCUUAGUGAUAUCAUGAUUGGCAUCCUAAAAAAGAAUUGGUUUCUUAUAGGGAUCAUUAUUGUCAUUAUUGCUGCGCAUGUUGAGCCUUCAAUCGGUUUAAAAGGAGGGCCAUUGAAGCCAGAGAUAACAGUGUCAUUCCUAGCAGUGUUCAUCAUAUUUUUCAACAGUGGAUUGUCAUUAAAAACAGAGGAGCUGACUCAUGCCGUCCUUCAAGUCAAAUUGCACCUGUUCAUCCAGUCGUUCACGCUCAUCCUGGUGCCAUUCCUGAUGUAUUUACUCACAGAGUCUCUCAAGUCCAGUCCCAUCAAUGAGUGGUUACUCAAAGGAUUACAGGUAGUUGGCUGCAUGCCACCGCCCGUCUCAUCUGCUGUGAUACUGACCAAGACAGUCGGAGGAAAUGAGGCGGCAGCAAUAUUUAACUCGGCAUUUGGAAGCUUUUUAGGAAUUAUUUUUACACCAGUCCUGUUGUUGUAUUAUCUUGGAUCCUCAGGGUCGGUGCCUUUUCUAGCUGUUUUCUCAAAGUUAUCUGUGACUGUUGUGGUGCCUCUAAUUUUAGGACAGAUGUGUAGGCAUUUUAUGAAGAAUUGGCUCGCAAGAACUCAUAUACCUUUUGGUCAAAUUAGCAGUGCCAUUCUUCUUCUCAUCAUCUACACGACAUUCUGUGAUACAUUUUCUCACAAGGACAUCGAGAUCGACGAGCUCAGUUUGAUAACCAUCGUUUUCAUGGUCUUCCUCAUCCAGUGUGCGCUCUUAUUGCUGAGUUUUUACCUGACUACGCGUCGAGGGACAGGCUUCGCACCGGCUGAUACAGUCGCUGCAAUAUUUUGUGCCACGCAUAAAUCUCUUACACUUGGUAUUCCAAUGCUGAAGAUCAUCUUCAGCAGCCAUCCACGUUUAUCGGUCAUCUCCAUCCCGUUGCUCAUCUACCAUCCGACACAGAUCCUACUCGGGGGCCUCAUUGUACCACAGGUCAGAGGAUGGAUGCUUUCAACACAAAAAUCAAGGCAUAUACAUGGACGUCCUCAUUAUCAUAGUUUCAUUUGAUUGAACAUCCUCAUCCUUUGGAACAUUCCGCUCGUACAGGACUUGUGUAGUUUAUUCUGGAACAACAUGUAGCCCCCAGCUGUGGGCUGCCCAAUCACCUUCCACACUACAGUAUUUGUUUUCACAACCGAAUUCCACAGAAAAUGGAAAAAUUAUCAUAAAUCAAUGGAUUUAUCAGUUUUGCCUGAUGUUUAUGCUGAGUGAGCCCUCCGUGCAGUGAUCAUCUUAGUGCUGAUUGAUACAUUGGCAACUUGCUGCACGGAGGGCGAGGGCCAACAUCAUGCCUUCAUUGUUCUUGAUUACCCAGACACUACAAUGACACUGCCAACUUAAUGACAAUAGUGUCAUGCUAUUAAAGGGAAGCUGAAGGGAAAAAUCUGCCUGGUCCUUUAACAAAAUCUGCCUGGUCCUUUAACAAAAUCUGCCUACUCCUUUAACAAAGUGUACACAGUUCCUUUGAACAUUUUGAGUCAUUUUAUAUCCAAUUUUGACAAUGAGAUGUUGCCGAGUCCUAAUCAAACAUUGAUACAAGCAUUGAUGUAUUUGUACUUUUUGUGCCAAGAAGAAAUGACACCGUGUUUAAUGAAUCAAACUCAAACUGCUGCAUGUCUAUAAAUCACUGCUGAGAAGUGUUAAAAUAGUUUUGUUUGAUUUUAUCUUCAAACUGUUAUGUUUCAACUAAGUUAUGAAUUUUACAUAUUUGCAUGAAUCAGACCUCACUGCCAUUACAUGUAUGGCUGUCAAAAUUCUCCGCAUGGAUGCUUUUGAGUAAGGUGAGGUGGUACACUUAAAGCAAUAUGGUACAAUUAUGACCUCAGUGUGCAUUGACAUGUACUACCAGUUCUUUUUAACACCGUACGGGCUAAAAUUGUGGUGGGCUAUAAUUGUAUUACUUUACCAAAAUGGUGCAUUUGCUUUGGAUUGGAAAUUGGGUGUGCAGCAUAAAUUAUUGUUAUGUUUAUUUUGAUAAGAGGUGAUUUUGCAUAAUAAAUGAA